AUGAGCGACCUCAGCAAGAACGACAUCGAAAGGGCAUCUUUCGCCUUCUCCAUCUACGACUUCGAGGGCAACGGCAAAAUCGACGCGUACAAUGUCGGCGACAUUCUGAGGGCGCUCAACUCUAACCCCACUCUUGCCACCAUCGAGAAACUCGGCGGCACCAAGAAGAAGGGCGAGAAGCAGCUUACGCUCGAGGAGUUCCUUCCCAUCUACAGCCAGUGCAAGAAAGACAAAGACCAGGGUUGCUACGAAGACUUCCUUGAAUGUCUGAAGCUGUACGACAAGGCUGAGAAUGGUCUUAUGCUCGGAGCUGAGCUGACACACACCCUCCUUGCGUUAGGUGAGAAACUUGAAGACAACGAAGUUGCGGAAGUCACAAAGGAUUGCAUGGACCCCGAAGACGAAGACGGCAUGAUCCCAUACGCAUUUAUAAGAUCGUUUCCUUCAAAGAUUGUGCAACAAAAAAGUGACACCACCGACCGCGGCGGCCGCUCCGGCCGAAAGCUAAGCGGCCCUGCCCUACCGCACCCCUUAAUACGGAUUUUCAGGUGUUUUUGGGGAAAAAGACAUGGCCGAAGU